CAGCAGCGUCUCCAACUGCACCCCACCACCAUUGCUUAGCUGGGUUGGCCAACCCAACAAACCCACUCUCUCUCUCUAUCUGUAUAUUUGUUCAAUCUAAACCCGCCAACUAACGCGCCAUCUUCGGGAUCGUCUACUUUUCUUCUUCUCCUGCUCCAAUCAUUAAUGGCUACAAUUCCUCUCUCACCUCCGCAGCCUCCUCUCGCGCCGCAGAUCUAACUCAUUCGAUUGCAGCAUUCUGUCGUCGUCAAUCGCGCAUUUCAGCCCUAGUACUUCGCCGCAUUAGCAAAUCAGUUGCGAGUGAUUUGGCGUUCAUGGCUACCACCUUGAAGUCUUCUCGGUCAAGGUCACACGCGUCGGGGAUGCCGGCAAAAGGGAGCGCUAGGGAUGCUGGAACCAACCUCGAGGAGAAUCUCAACAUCUUCAAAUCCGAUAGUUUCGACGCCGAUGUUUAUGUGCAGUCCAAAUGUCACUCAUUGAAUGAAAAGGAGAUUAGGCAAUUAUGUUCGAAUCUUAUGGAUCUGAAAAAAGCCUCUGCUGAGGAGAUGCGCAGAAGUGUCUAUGCUAACUAUACUGCUUUCAUCCGGACAUCAAAAGAAAUUUCGGAUUUGGAGGGUGAACUUUCAUCAAUUAGAAAUUUGUUAUCCACUCAGGCCACUUUAGUCCAUAAUUUAGCUGAAGGUGUUCAUAUUGAUUCUUUGUCUGAUUCUCUUCCUGAUUCUGCCACCAAUAGCAGUUCCAAUGAUGAAAUAAGUGAACCUUCAGAUAUAGAGAACUGGUUAACUGAGUUUCCUGAUCACCUCGAUGUUUUAUUAGCUGAGAGAAGAGUAGAUGAAGCCUUGUCCAGCCUUGAUGAAGGAGAACACAUAGCUUCUGAAGCUAAAGAAAAUAAAACACUAAGUCCUGCCCUGCUUUUAAUGCUACAAAAUUCCAUUACUGAAUCUAGGCAAAGGUUAGCUGAUCAGCUUGCUGAUAUUGCUUGCCAACCAUCUACUCGUGGUGCUGAGCUUCGUGCUGCUAUUUCAGCUCUUAAGAAGCUUGGUGAUGGUCCUCGUGCUCAUAGUUUAUUACUUAAUGCACAUUCUCAGAGAUACCAGUACAAUAUGCAAAGUUUUCGUCCAUCAAGCACAUCAUAUGGAGGAGCAUAUACUGCAGCACUCUCACAGCUGGUAUUCUCUGCUAUUGCUCAAGCAGCCACUGAUUCAUUGGCUAUUUUUGGAAAUGAGCCAUCUUAUACAUCCGAGCUCGUAAUGUGGGCUACUAAGCAUGCAGAGGGUUUUGCUCUUCUUGUUAAAAGACAUGCACUAACUUCAUCUGCAGCUGCUGGAGGCUUGAGGGCUGCUGCAGAGUGUGUCCAAAUAGCUUUAGGACACUGUCAAUUGUUGGAAGCUCGUGGUCUUGCACUUUGCCCAGUGCUUCUGAAGCUGUUUAGACCUAGUGUUGAACAAGCACUGGACGCUAAUAUAAAACGUAUUGAAGAGAGCACUGCUGCUUUAGCAGCAGCUGAUGAUUGGGAACUUAAUUAUCCUCCAACUUCCAUACGUCAAUCUUCUGCAUAUCAGUAUAAACUUUCAAUCAGUGCUCAUCGGUUCAAUUUAAUGGUUCAGGAUUUCUUUGAGGACGUGGGACCCUUGCUAAGUAUGCAGUUGGGUGGAAAAGCUUUGGAAGGUUUGUUUCAGGUCUUCAACUCUUAUGUUAAUACACUAAUAAAAGCAUUACCUGGUUCUUUGGAAGAGGAGGUGAGCAUUGAAGGUUCAGGGAAUAAAAUUGUCCGAAUGGCUGAGACUGAAGCUCAGCAAAUUGCUUUACUUGCAAAUGCAUCAUUACUAGCAGAUGAGCUAUUACCACGUGCUGCCAUGAAGCUUUCCUUCAAUCAGGGUAAUCACAAGGAUGAGUCUCAACGAAGAUCUGAUAGGCAAACCCGACAUCCUGAGCAAAGAGAAUGGAAAAAGCGUCUUGUUAGUACUGUUGACAGAUUAAAAGAUAGCUUUUGUCAACAACAUGCACUGGAUCUUAUUUUUACUGAGGAAGGAGACAGCCAUCUUACUGCGGAUAUGUAUAUAAACAUGGAUGGUAAUGCAGAUGAGAUGGAAUGGUUCCCUUCUCAUAUAUUCCAGGAACUCUAUGUAAAACUCAACAGGAUAGCAGCCAUAGCUGCAGAUAUGUUUGUGGGCCGGGAAAGGUUUGCAACAUUGUUGUUGAUGAGGCUCACUGAAACUGUCAUCUUAUGGCUUUCACAAGACCAGAGUUUUUGGGAUGAUAUUGAGGAAGGACCAACGCCUUUAGGUCCUCUUGGUCUUCAGCAGUUCUAUAUGGAUAUGACAUUUGUCAGAUGCUUUGCUUCACAAGGCCGCUACUUAUCUAGGAAUUUGCUCCGUGUUGUCAAUGAUAUCAUAUCUAAAGCAAUGUCUGCAUUUUCUACAACUGGGAUGGAUCCAUACAGUGUGCUUCCAGAGGACGAGUGGUUCACCGAGGUGUGCCAGGAUGCAAUGGAUAAGCUGAGUGGAAAGCCUAAAGCUGCAAAUGGGGAACGGGAUUUGAACAGCCCGACUGCUUCUGUCUCAGCUCAAUCAGUAUCUUCUGUGAGAUCCCACGGGAGUUAUUGAGGAUUAUAAUAAUGUUUACACCGUUGUAAAGUAAAUGUGGAACUCAUUUUCAUCAUCUUUAGAUUAGCCUUUUCUUGUCUCCAUAAUAGAGAACUCAUACCUUCACAUCAGCUUUCUUCUUCUUUUUUUUUUUCACCUUAAAAGUGAGAGGCAUUAAAGAGUUUUUAAUUUUUUUUCUUUCGAAGAAAAUGUGUUCCCAGUAUUUGGGGGCAUUUGAAUUGGAAAAAAAUUAUUUGUAGAUUUUGUACUCAAGUGUAAUGAGAUUAAGAAUGUGUUUCAAAUGUUAAAUACUCCCUCCGUUUCCGCCUCA